AUGGCAGAGGGCAGCGGGGAAGUCGCGGUGGUCGCGACCCCGGGCCCUGCCCAUGCUCCGAGCAAUGGGGCGAGUGGAAAUGCCACGCAGAGCAACAACCCGCUGUCGCGGAAGCUGCAGAAGAUCCUGGAGACGCGGCUGGACAACGACAAGGAGAUGUUGGAAGCUCUCAAGGCACUGUCAGUAUUUUUCACUACAAACAAUUUGCGGACUCGAAGAAAUUUACGUGGAGAUAUUGAACGGAGAAGUUUAGCAAUCAAUGAGGAAUUUGUAAACAUUUUCAAGGAAGUAAAGGAGGAACUUGAAAGCAUAAGUGAAGAUGUUCAGGCAAUGAACAGCUGUUGUCAAGAUAUGACAAGUCGCCUACAGGCUGCAAAGGAACAGACUCAGGAUUUAAUAGUAAAAACCACUAAACUUCAAGCACUAAGUCAAAAAUUAGAAAUCCGAGCGCAGGUUGCAGAUGCUUUCCUAUCCAAGUUCCAACUAACAUCUGAUGAAAUGAGUCUUCUCCGAGGUACGAGAGAAGGACCUAUUACUGAGGACUUUUUCAAGGCAUUGGGAAGAGUCAAACAGAUCCAUAAUGAUGUAAAAGUACUUUUGAGAACAAACCAGCAAACAGCAGGUUUAGAAAUUAUGGAACAGAUGGCCUUACUUCAAGAAACAGCUUAUGAGAGGCUUUACCGAUGGGCACAGAGUGAAUGCAGAGCACUCACGCAAGAAUCUUGUGAUGUUUCUCCAGUGCUGACUCAUGCGAUGGAAGCCCUGCAGGAUAGACCUGUGCUAUACAAGUACACCUUAGAUGAAUUUGGGACCGCCAGGAGGAGUACAGUUGUUCGUGGAUUUAUUGAUGCUCUUACAAGAGGGGGUCCCAGCGGGACGCCGAGACCCAUUGAAAUGCACUCCCAUGACCCUUUGAGAUACGUAGGAGAUAUGUUGGCAUGGCUCCAUCAGGCUACUGCAUCCGAAAAAGAACACCUCGAAGCUCUCUUAAAGCAUGUGACUACACAAGGUGUUGAAGAGAAUAUUCAAGAAGUUGUUGGGCAUAUAACUGAGGGUGUGUGCAGACCCCUAAAGGUUCGAAUUGAACAAGUGAUAGUUGCUGAACCUGGUGCAGUUUUAUUAUACAAAAUUUCUAACCUCCUCAAAUUUUAUCACCACACAAUCAGUGGCAUUGUUGGAAAUAGUGCAACCACAUUGUUAACUACCAUUGAGGAAAUGCAUUUGCUAAGUAAAAAAAUAUUCUUCAAUAGCUUGAGUCUUCAUGCAAGUAAAUUAAUGGAUAAGGUUGAACUCCCACCACCUGAUCUUGGGCCAAGUUCUGCAUUAAAUCAAACACUCACAUUGUUGCGUGAAGUUUUGGCCUCUCAUGAUUCUUCAGUUGUACCAUUAGAUGCUCGUCAAGCUGAUUUUGUGCAGGUUUUAUCAUGUGUCUUAGAUCCUCUCCUCAAAAUGUGUACUGUAUCAGCCAGCAAUUUAGGCACUGCUGACAUGGCCACAUUCAUGGUCAACUCACUCUAUAUGAUGAAGACAACACUAGCUCUGUUUGAAUUCACUGACAGACGUCUGGAAAUGCUUCAGUUUCAGAUUGAAGCACAUUUGGACACCCUAAUAAAUGAGCAAGCUUCUUAUGUUUUAACUAGAGCAGGCUUAAGUUAUAUCUAUAACACUGUGCAGCAGCAUAAGCCCGAACAGGGCUCUCUAGCUAAUUUGCCGAACCUAGAUUCUGUAGCACUGAAGGCUGCUAUGGUUCAGUUUGAUCGUUAUUUAUCUGCCCCAGACAACCUGUUAAUGCCACAGUUGAACUUUCUUCUAAGUGCCACUGUAAAGGAUCAGAUCAUAAAGCAGUCUACGGAAUUAGUCUGCCGAGCCUAUGAUGAAGUGUAUGCAGCUGUCAUGAACCCAGCUAACGCAUACAAAGACCCAGAGAACAUUCUCCAUCGAUCACCUCAGCAGGUGCGGACGCUUCUCUCCUGAUGGCCUCAUCUGAGUAUAAACAGAAUGUGGCUUUUCUCAAGUAC